GCCAGAUGUUCGCUUUCCUCUUGCGAAAUCGUUUGCUUGAUUAUCUUUUAUCACGUUCCAAAGAAAGGACUCGAAGACUUUACAGCUAAGUGCUAUUGUGUGAAAUGAUGACGGCGCGCAAAAUUUGCGAACUUAUUCAAAAGGUGAAGUAAAAGAAUAAAUUUUGUGCUUCUCUUGCAAACUUAAUAAAACUAAAGAAAAUAGUAAUAAUAAGAAUAAAGGGGUAAGGAAAACUUGAUGGAAUAUCCCAGAAUGGAAUCCCUUUUGUUCGAAGACCAAGAAUGAGGAAAUUGUAACAGAAAUAAAAGACAGAAUGUGGAAAGUUGAAAAUUCAAAUUUCGUCUGGCUUUUCUUGUCAGUUAAGUUUCGGACUUACACUCAACAGGUUUUGACUGCUUGAACUGAACUUUUUGAAAAAGAAUUCAUUGUCUCUAAGAACUGCGAAAAAGACUAUACAUAUAUUACAAAGCAAAUAUAAAGAGACUCCUCCUAGAGUUGAACUCCUCUGCAGACGACGGUAAUUUUGCUUUUAUAUGACGAAUGUGAAGUGAAAAGAAAAAUAGAAUAUUAAAGAUGCCGGAAAGCCUGAGGCAGAUGUGGCACGUGCUUAGCCGGAAAAAGACGUCAAUGUCCCCCGGACUGUGGCAUGCCCAGUUACGCAGCUUGUCAGUUGUUGAUGUCACUUGUUUGGGCUUAGCUACAACACUUGGUUCCGGGGUGUAUGCCUUGAUUGCUGUCGCAGCCCACGAUCAUGCCGGCCCCUCUGUCGUUCUGUCCAUCCUCAUGGCAGCCGUCACCUCCUGUCUCGGAGGCCUUUGCUAUUCGGAAGUUGUGACAAGAUUCCCUAAAGGUGGUUCUGCGUACUCCUACGUCUAUGCUACAGUUGGUGAAGUUUUCGCUUUCUUCGUUGGUUGGGGGAUGAUACUGGAGUACAGUGUAGGUACAGCCCUGGCGGCGAAGGCUUGCAGCCAGUACUUGGACGUCGUACUGGAUAGAAAGCUUUCACACUUAUUGCAGCAACAUCUCGGCCAUCUGAGCAUUAGAGGUCUUGACACCUUCCUGGAUCUUCCAUCAGUGGCUGUCAUGCUCUUAGCUUGCAUUGUUUUCAUCAUAUCAUUUAAAGCGUUGUGCUCACUAAACAAUGUAUUUGUUGUGAUUAACCUCCUAGUGAUAUCUGGAACAGUAGUGAUUGGUAUAUUUAACAUGGACUCGGAGAAUUGGAUAGCUGGACUGGGAUUCUUCCCAGGUGGCGUUACUGGGAUAUUUUCAGCUGCUUCCCUAUGUUAUUUUGCUUUCGUUGGAUACGAUGUGAUAGCCAUUUUCACCAGAGGUGUUCCUCAUCGAUCCCAUACAUUUCCAACAGUUGUCAGCACUGUCUUCAUUGUGGGCUUACUUGCCGCCUUCUCCAUAUCCAUUGUCCUUACUCUUUUAGUCCCGUUUUCCAUGUUGGAGGCCCAAGCAUCACUUCUACAGGCUUUUGAUCUGCGGCAAGUAGCGGGCAUGAAAUACUUUGUAACCUUUGGAGCAAUAGCAGGCCUCACAUCUGCAACAACAGCAUCUUUAUUGUCACUCAUCAAACUUAUCCAGUCCUUGGCAAAUGACGGUCUAAUAUUUAAAUUUUUUUCGAGGACACAAUGCCAUUCUUUAAUGGCUGCCCUCUCCCUGUCAUGUCCACUAUCUUUAUUAUGUGACAUCAAGACCCUGAUCCAUGUCUUGGGAAUGGGCACAUUAGCUGCCUGCAUUGCGGUAGCUGUUUGUGUCCUCUGUGCGAGAUAUGGUGUCGAAACCCAAUUGGUGUCGCCAUUAAAUAUGCUGGAAUUAUCAGAAGAAGAAUCUGCAAUCGAUACAACGAAGAGUUUACAAGAACAGCAUAUGGACCUCAACGAGAAAGAGCUCGUCCAGGACACUAUCCGUUCCAAACCUGGAUAUGGAUCCAUGCAUUCAAGAUCCUUAUCUGUGGACUUCGUCGAUGAAUCCUACGUAACAUGUCUGUCUGAACUGUCACCACAUUGGACCAAGCAGGAGCCCAGCCACCGAUCAGCAGCCACAGUGGCUGGCCUCAUAGGGGCUGCUGUGCUUGUCAUGCUACUGAUGGGAGUGAUGACACUUCACGUGCCUAGGCUGAUGCCGAAAAAUAAAUGGUGGACAGAACUUAUGGCCUGUGUCCUAUUUCUUGUGAUUGUCUGCUUUUCUGCUGCAAUUUGUCGGCAACCGAGGCACAAGCCACGAAUUAACAACAGAGUACCAUGUGUUCCCUUUCUUCCAUUAUGCGCCAUUUGGAUGAACGUGCAUCUUGUAGUAGGGCUUCCAUACACAGCAUGGCUUCUGUUCUUCAUAUGGUCUCUUGUUGGAGCUUUACUUUACCUAAGUUAUGGAAUAUGGAACAGCUCAGAACGUCAGUUCCAAGAUCUCCAAAAUGUCAAUUUGUUGAACGUGAACGAUGACUGUAGUGACUCUGACAAAGACAACGUACAGCACAAUGACCACUCAACUGAAUGAUUGCAUCUGGCUUGACAUUCUUAAACAACGUUUCACAAAGCAUGCUGUUGUCAUGUUAUAUUUAUAAAAACUAUGUAACAUAAAAAAUCUUUCAUCAAAUCUUUGUCCAGCGAACAAUAUCAGGAAGAACAAAGUGUGAGAACAAAGAGUGUUAAUGAAAUUUCUUAUUGAAUGCGAAGCUCUGAAACAUUGAAAUUCUGGAGGAAUGUUAAUUUUUUUUUUGCAUUGGAAUUAUAGUCGUAUUUUGUUAUUACAUUAAAUUUAUAUUGAAAAAAUUACUAAACGCAUUUGGGACUAUUUGUUCCUAUUCAGAAUAAAUGCAGCGUAUUGGAUUGUUU